UCGGGGAGGGCGCGGCCUCUGGGAGGGGGGCGUACGACGCGCAUCCCCCGCGCUCGCUGGGGCCACUCGGGAGCCUCGCGGCAGCCCGGUGCCCCACUUGGCAAUCAGCUCCGAGCUUCUUCCUCGCGCCCGCCUCCUCUUGUCACCUCCCGUCUCAGCCUCCUUGCUCCAUCCCCGCCGCAUCCAGCGCCAUCCCGAGUGCCUCGGACAGCGAGAGGCGGUGCGUGGGGCUGCAGGGCGCGCCCUCAAGCGGACCCCGGCUCGGCAUUGAGGGGCACGGGCAGCAGCAUGGACACCAAGCGCUGCUUCGCCAACCGCUUCGAUGACUACCAGGGCAGCCUGCUGGCGGGCCAGUGUGAGGAGGCAGUGGCGCCCUUGGUCACCGCCACCAUCGAGCGCAUCCUUCAGGAGCUGCCCCCGCUCGGGGGCGGCGCUGAGGCCCGGGGGGCGGCGGCCGCGGCCAGCAGCUGCCAAGGUGGGCUGUACGGCGGCGUGGCCGGGGUGGCCUACAUGCUCUACCACGUCUCGCAGAGCCCGCUCUUUGCCGCGGCCCGGGAGCGCUACCUGCGCUCGGCCAAGCGCCUCAUAGACGCGUGCGCCCGCGCGGAGGAGUGGGGCGAGCCGGACGCCGACACCCGCGCCGCCUUCCUGCUCGGGGGUGCGGGCGUGUACGCUGUGGCCACGCUCGUGUACCACGCCCUGGGCCGCUCCGACUACGUGCAGCCGCUGGGCAAAUUCCGGGCUCUGUGCGCCGUCUGCGCGCCGGUCUCCUUCUUGGAGUGCGGCUCGGACGAGCUGUUCGUGGGCCGCGCAGGCUACCUGUGCGCCGCGCUGGUGCUCAAGCAGAAACUCGCCCAGGAGGUACUGACUCCAGCACAGAUCAAAUCAAUUUGCCAGGCGAUUCUGGACUCUGGGAAGCAGUAUGCCAUGAAAAAGAGGAAACCAUUUCCCCUGAUGUACUCUUACUAUGGAACUGAAUACUUGGGAGCAGCUCAUGGCCUGUCGUCCAUUCUCCAGAUGCUUCUUUCUUACCAUGAGCACCUCAAGCCCUCAGAUCAGGAGCUGGUAUGGCAGAGUGUGGACUUCCUCAUGGAGCAGGAACAGAACUGCAACUGGCCACCUGAGCUCGGCGAGGCCAUCGAGAGAGAGAACGAGCUAGUGCACUGGUGCCACGGCGCCCCAGGAAUUGCCUAUCUGUUUGCCAAAGCUUAUCUGGUUUCCAAGAAACCACAGUACCUGGACACAUGUAUCCGGUGUGGGGAACUCACAUGGCAGAAGGGCCUGCUAAAGAAGGGGCCGGGGAUUUGCCACGGUGUAGCUGGCAGUGCCUAUGUCUUCCUGCUGCUAUACCGGCUCACGGGAAACUCUAAGUAUAUCUACCGAGCCCAAAGGUUUGCUGAAUUUUUGUUUACCGAGGAAUUCAAGGCUGGUUCUCGGGUCCUUGAAAGUAUAUACAGCUUGUAUGAAGGCUUCUCCGGGACGGUGUGCUUUCUGAUCGAUCUGCUGCAACCCAAUCAAGCUGAGUUCCCUCUCUUCAGCGUCUUUGUUUAGAAGGCUUAAUCUCCCACUGUGGCCCUGCAGAAGUUCCUUGAGAUUUCCUGAGCCUACUCAAGGCAGUUUCCACAUAAGCCACAUUCAAUGGUAUCACAACCAGGAGCCUUAACAUUGCCUCCAGAAGGAAUGAAGGAAGGGAGAAGGCAGGUGAAGGUAACAUGAUACCAGACUUAAGGGAGAACAGUCUGAGAACCUCAAAAUAAAGAUACCACAACUCUUCUAUUCUAAAAACCGCAGAGAUUUAAUAUUUCACGGAAUAGACGUGAAACCAGAGACCAGAGGAAAAAGGGAAAGAGAAAUGAUCUGUUUUUCAGUUAUGGCAUAGAAAACAAAACUGAAAUGUGGACUAUGGCAAUAAAAUGCCAAUACCUUUGCAAUUGGAAAGAGAAUCUGACCAUUUGUGGGUGCCCUCCACCCCUAAAUUCAGAAAUAAAAACUCAAAAACUAAAGUAAUUGCUCAGCUGAAAACUGCUAGGAAGAAUGAAGUGUCAGGUUGCUGAAGGACAAAAAGGGAACUCUUGGUUGUCCUAUGGCUUUACUUAUUGAAAUUCAUGAUUUUUACUGAAUGGAUAAAUUUGCAUAUGAAUCUCUAUUUUUUAUCAUUACCCUGGGCACUUUAAAGAAAUCAUAUCAUAACUUAGUUUAAACCCUGAAAUUUGAAGUUUCCUUAGGCCUUAGAGCAUCUCUUUUACUGGUUCCUUUUUCUUUCCUAAAACUCAAUUAAGUAGUGAAAUUUGUAGGCUAGGAAAUACUGUAGCAAAUGUUGCUGUCAAGUGUUUUUCUCAAUUUGAAGCGUGAGCUGUGUAUAGUCUAUUGUUAGUAAUUUUUAAAGCGCCUAUGUAAUCCCUAUGAAGCUAUUAGCUGAGCUGUAAAAUAUACUCGUGGUAAAAAAUCACUCAUCUCAAAGGUCAGGGUAACCACUACAAAGCUGUGUCAUUUCUGCCUUUGAUGGAAUACUGUGUUCCCUGGGGCAGGCAGACACUGGCCGAGAAAGAGGCUAGUGAUUGUGAAAAGAACAUUGCUGAAUUUUAUACUAUUAGAUUAAAAGAUGAGUGAAUUCCCUG